AGAAAAAUAGGGUUAGGGUUUCGCUUUCGCUCCCGCGACCGCAGCUAUGAUAGGCGCUGUGGUGAGGGCGUCGCGGACUCGCAAUGUCACUCGUGUGCUACUCCGGAAUUUAUCAUCGUUCCGGGAAGAAGUGGAUCCCAUGAAUCCCAGCAAAAAGCUCCAGAUUCCAGCUGACAGGUUGUGGUCAGCUCAAACUCAGCUCUCGCUCCAGAAUUUCCAGAUUGGCGGCGAAAGAGAGCGGAUGCCACUGGCGCUGGUGCGCGCUUUUGGCAUUCUCAAGAUGUGCGCUGCAAAGGUGAAUGUCGCGGAUGGUUUGGAUCCCAAGAUCGCAAACGCGAUCGUUCAAGCGGCACACGAAGUCGCACAAGGCGAACACGAUAAUGAGUUCCCGCUCGUGGUGUGGCAAACUGGCAGUGGGACGCAGUCAAAUAUGAACGCCAAUGAAGUGAUUGCAAACCGCGCAGCUGUGAUCCUCGGGGAGCAACCCGGUAAAAAGUUUGUGCAUCCCAACGACCACGUAAACAGAGGCCAGUCUUCAAACGACACUUUUCCUACUGUCAUGCACAUAGCAGCUGUAAGAGAGAUUCACAGCAAGCUGCUCCCGAGCCUUCGAGAGCUGUACAAGACUUUACGUGCCAAGGAGUUUGAGUUUCACGAUAUCGUGAAAAUCGGCCGAACUCAUCUACAGGACGCUGUUCCUUUGACCCUCGGCCAUGAGUUUAGCGGAUAUGCAACGCAACUUAAGUACGGGAUCAGGCGCAUCAAGGCUGCCCUCCCGCGACUGUACCAGCUUGCCCAAGGUGGAACUGCCGUGGGAACUGGCCUCAACACUAAGAAAGGGUUUGACAAGAGGAUUGCUAGCGCUGUUGCGGAGGUGACUGGGCUCCCCUUUGUCACCGCUCCAAACAAGUUCGAAGCUCUGGCUACACAUGAUGCAUGCGUGGAAGCCAGCGGUGCGCUUAACACUAUCGCGGUCUCGCUUAUGAAAAUCGCGUGGGAUAUCGGCAUGCUUGGAAGUGGGCCUCGGUGCGGAUUGGGAGAGCUAAAGCUCCCGGAGAACGAACCUGGAAGCAGCAUUAUGCCGGGAAAAGUCAAUCCUACGCAGUGCGAAGCGUUGAGGAUGGUUUGCGCUCAGGUGAUGGGUAACCACCACGCAAUUUCCAUUGGUGGGUCGAAUGGCAAUUUUGAGCUCAACGUGUUCAAGCCAUUGAUCGCGAAAUGUCUUCUUCAUUCCAUCCAAUUGCUUGGAGAUGCCGUCGAUUCUUUCAACAGGAAAUGUGUGAUGGGGAUUGAAGCCGAUAGAGAAAGAAUUGCGAAGCAUUUGAGUGAAUCGCUCAUGCUCGUUACAGCCUUGAAUCCGAAAAUCGGGUACGACAAAGCUGCUCUAAUCGCUAAAACAGCUCACAAAGACGGAACCAGUUUGAAGGAGGCUUGCCUGAAACUCAAUGCCCUGACGGAGGCAGAGUUUGACGAGAUCGUUGUCCCGGAGAAGAUGGUUGCCACGGAACCUCCCAUGCCGAUCUCAUGCACAACGCUAGUGGGAGGAGUUUAUCGCAAUGGCACGGUGCUCGCUGUGGAUGGCCGCGCGCUGGUCAAGUUGCCGAUGAACGAGGAAGGAGAAAUCGACUUGGCCGCGGUCGAAAGCAUGGAUCCCGAGGAACUCGUCAAGAACCAUGUCUUGUCCGAGGAUUUCCAAAAGAUAUUCAGCCUCAAGAACACCGCAUUCGCGUUCAGCGGUGCUAAACACGAGGCAGAGGACUUUUUCAGUGAUGCCCAAGGAAAGAUGCCUGACGCCGACGGUGUUGAUCUGGCCGAUCAUGCUGCAAAGUUCUUCACCAUGAAACAGGCGGACGAUGUCACCUUGAUCAUCGCGGGGCAGGGCAAAGUUUACGUGGUAGCGCCUCUGUCGACGCAGCUGGGACCAAAGUGCUGGACGUUUAGUCCCCACGAUUGGAAGGUGGUGGGCAGUGGUAGGAGCGUCGCGAGCGAGGUAUUCAAGGGUGACAAGUACGAGCAGAUGGACAGGGAAAAGGUUUUCGAAGAUAUCUGCAAGGUGAUUGAUCACGCCGCUACCAAAGACAAGCUCACGGGCCCAAACAUCUUUGCCUUGUUCUCGGAGAAGAGCCAGAGGGUGAUGAUGGGUCGGGUGGACGGCCAGGUGAAGAUUAUAAGCUCAUGACAAAAUUUUCUUCUUUUUUUUUCCAGCGGAAUAAUCAAGGAAUACUAAAGUUAUAGAUGGAAAUAAUAAACUUCUUAAUUCAGCCCUUUUUAGCUAUAAA